CAGUUCUGCGCGACGGUUGGACAUCCUGACUGCAUCGCUGCGAUAUUUACAAAAUAUUAAUGUUGCGGCACUUUGGAACAAGCAAACGAGUUGUUUGAUGAAUAAAAACAAAUUCCAAAAUGAAGCUGAGUAAAAAUUCGCGUGUUGAGCAGCUCCAGGACUAUUUUAAGAGCCACAAUAAAACCAAAGAGCAAAAAGCACACACUUCAAAGGUUCAUUCGGUUGGAUGGAAUUGCGAUGGAAGACGAUUAGCAUCGGGGUCAUUUGACAAAUCGGUGGCAAUAUUUUCACUGGACCGAGAUCGAUUGGCCAAAGAUAACACGUACCGGGGACACACAGGCUCAGUUGAUCAGUUGUGUUGGCAUGCUACUCUGCCCGAUCUAUUAAGUACAGCCAGCGGUGACAAAACUGUGCGCAUUUGGGAUGUUCGAGCCGGCAAGUGUUCGACAACGAUUAACACAAAGGGUGAAAAUAUCAACAUCACUUGGUCGCCAGACGGUAAUACGAUUGCCGUUGGGAAUAAGGAAGAUUUGGUUACAUUCAUCGAUACACGUACACACAAAAUCCGUGCCGAGGAGCAAUUCAAUUUUGAAGUGAACGAAAUCGCCUGGAACAACACAAGUGACUUAUUCUUUUUGACCAAUGGACAGGGCUGCAUUCAUGUUCUAAGCUAUCCAGAUUUGGAAUUGCAGCACAUGUUAAAGGCACAUCCAGGCACUUGCAUCUGCAUUGAAUUCGAUCCAACCGGCAAAUACUUUGCGACUGGAUCUGCGGAUGCUCUGGUAUCGCUGUGGGAUGCAAAUGAACUUGCAUGCCUGCGCAUUUUCUCACGAUUGGAUUGGCCAGUUCGUACUAUAUCUUUCAGUCAUGACGGUCGCCUGUUGGCAUCAGCGAGCGAAGAUCUGCUCAUCGAUAUUGGAGACACGGAAUCUGGCGAAAAGGUUGCUGACAUUUCAGUCGAUGCAGCCACAUUUACGGUUGCCUGGCAUCCAAAGCAAUACCUUCUAGCAUACGCUUGUGAUGAUAAAGACAAUAACGAUCGCAGACGAGACGCUGGCAAUUUGCGCGUCUGGGGAUUUUCCGACUGAAUAUUAGCUUAAAAUUAUUGUUAAGAUAUUAGUAAUUUAUAAGGCUACCGAGAAUGGAAAUGAAAGUAAAGAAAAUAACAUUAACUUCGUACAAUACAUCAAGAAUAAAA